AUGGCGGAGACGGCAGAGAGCGGCAAGGCUGAGGAGAAGUCCGAGCAGAAGACGGAGGUGCUCUUCGAGGACGUGCUGGAGCGGUGCUGCGGCACCGGCCGCUGGCAAACGCUGCUCAUCGGGUACAUGUCCGUUAUGUGGCUGCUCUUCCCAGUCUUCUCCAUGUCCAUGAUGUUCGUCGGCGCCACGCCCAAGUUUAGAUGCGCCGACGGCUUCGCCGCCAACGCCACUUUCGCCUCGCUGCCGUCCGAUACGCCGCGCUGCCACGCGGCUAACUCGACCGCCGCUUGUCAGCGCUGGGCGUUCGACCCGUCCGUGUACGUGUCGACGGUGGUGACCGAGUGGACGCUGGUGUGCGGCCGCAAGCCGCUGCUCUCACUGCUGCAGUCGUGGCUGAUGAUCGGCGGCCUCUUCGCGGCCGUGCGCUUCCUGACGGGCGUCGCCAUGUCGGCCAUGAUCAGCAGCCAGUACGUGCUGAUGCUGGAGCUGUGCAGCAGCGAGCGGCGCGCCGCGAUCGGUAUCGUCUCAAUCAUGCCAUUCGCCUUUGGCACCUGCUUCGUCGCGCUCGGCUCGUACCUAAUCCGCACGAGAUGGCUACUCCAGCUGGCGUACGCCGUGCCGUGUCUUAUCUUCCUGUUCAACUUCUGGCUGAUGCCCGAGUCGCCCCGCUGGCUGGUGCUGCAGGGCCGGUUCCCGGAGGCGUGUGCCGUGCUGCGCCGGGGCGCGCGCUGGAACGGCCGUCGGGAGCUGCCAGAGGAGGAGGUGCUGCAGCUGAUGGCGGAGGCGCGGAACGACAUGCUGUCCCGCCAGACCACUAUGAAGACCGCCGCCGCCAUGUUACUCACCUUCGUGCAGAAGGACACCACGUUCUGGCUGGUACUCGGCGUGGUCGCCAAGAUCGGUGUCUCCUCCGCAUAUAACACGAUAAUGGUGUUCACUGCCGAACUGAUGCCCACCGAGGUCCGCUCGCUGGCGUGCGGCCUGCGCCAGCUUGCGGCACGAGUGGGCGCCGCCCUCUCGCCGUUCGUGGUGGACUUGACUGUCGACUAA